AUGACAGAUCGCCAGCUCCUGCGAGAGAGUGGCGCCGCCCACGCAAAGGCCUUCCCUCCCUGCGCCCCCAUGCCCCAGCGCCGCCCCCAUGCCCCAGCGCCGCCCCCAUGCCCCAGCGCCGCCCCCAUGCCCCAGCGCCGCCCCCAUGCCCCAGCGCCGCCCCCAUGCCUCAGCGCCGCCCCCAUGCCCCAGCGCCGCCCCCAUGCCCCAGCGCCGCCCCCAUGCCCCAGCGCCGCCCCAAUGCCCCAGCGCCGCCCCCAUGCCCCAGCGCCGCCCACAUGCCCCAGCGCCGCCCCCAUGCCUCAGCGCCGCCCCCAUGCCCCAGCGCCGCCCCCAUGCCCCAGCGCCGCCCCCAUGGCUCAGCGCCGCCCCCAUGCCCCAGCGCCGCCCCCAUGCCCCAGCGCCGCCCCCAUGCCCCAGCGCCGCCCCCAUGCCCCAGCGCCGCCCCCAUACUCCAGCGCCGCCCCCAUGCCUCAGCGCCGCCCCCAUACUCCAGCGCCGCUCCCAUGCCCCAGCGCCGCCCAUGCCGCCCAAAUCAGCAUUUUAACUUCCAAAAUCAUAUUUUAUUUCACAUCUAAAGUUGGAUUUGUCAUGGCACUGGUUGAGGCUGUCGAUCGUGGGAGUCUCUAUUUGGCCAUGUUUACUGAAGCGCGGCGACCCUAG